AUUAGGGCUUUGUUCUAUAUCUAUACCUCUCUCAGCUGCCGUCACCGGAAGUAAAAAAUGACUGGCUUUGAUAUCGGCGCCGUUCCGUUCAACUCAGACGGCUGGGGACCGCCGGAUUCUUCUUUACCCAAUCUACCCAAUCAACCAAGCAAUGUCCCUUUCGCCCCAUUCUCUCGCUCUGAGAAACUCGGCCGGAUUGCUGAUUGGACCAGGAACUACCCAUCACGUAAUUUCAACAACUCCCGCAACCCAGUUGAUUCUGUCUUCGAUUUCACUGGCGAUGAAUCCUUCGGUGGCCUUGCUGGCGACGAUGAUUCAUCCUUCCGCCUUGUAGAUGGAAAGCCUCCGCCUCGUCCUAGAUUCGGACCCAAAUGGAGAUUUCAUCAGCAAAGAAAUCAGCUUCCACAACGCCGCGAUGAGGAGGUCGAGGCGAAGAAGAGAGAGGCGGAGAAGGAACGAGCUCGUCGCGAUCGGCUUUACCAUCUCCGUCGUCCCGGUGGAAAUGCGCAGCGACGAGAGGCCGCUGUGUUCAAAUCGUCGGUUGAAAUUCAACCGGAAUGGAACAUGCUUGAUCAGAUCCCUUUCUCAACUUUCUCCAAGCUUUCCUUUUCGGUUCCCGAACCGGAAGAUCUCCUCAUUUGUGGAUCGCUCGAGUUUUACGAUCGGUCUUACGAUCGCGUCACACCAAAGAAUGCCCGGCCUCUGGAGAGAUUCAAGAAUCGCAAUUUCUUCAAAGUUACUACCACGGAUGAUCCGGUGAUUCGUCGACUCGCGAACGAGGACAAAGCAACUGUUUUCGCCACCGAUUCGAUCCUGUCCACCCUCAUGUGUGCUCCAAGGUCAGUUUAUUCAUGGGACAUUGUUGUUCAGAGAGUUGGAAACAAAUUAUUCUUUGAUAAGAGAGACGGGUCUCAACUUGAUUUACUAUCUGUUCACGAAACAUCACAAGAACCGUUGCCUGAAUCCAAAGAUGACAUUAACUCUGCAUAUUCAUUGAGUGUUGAAGCUGCCUAUAUCAACCAGAAUUUCUCACAGCAGGUUUUAUUAAGAGAUGGUAAUAACAAGGUCUCCUUUGAAGAGCCAAACCCAUUUGCUACAGAAGGUGAAGAAGUCGCCUCUGUUGGUUAUAGAUACAGGCGUUGGAAACUCGACAACGAUAUGCAUCUUGUUGCUAGAUGUGAGGUUCAGAGUGUUGCAGAGAUCAAUAAUCAAAGAUCAUUCUACACAUUGAAUGCUCUUAACGAGUUUGAUCCAAAGUUUUCUGGUGUUGAUUGGAGGCAGAAGCUGGAAACCCAAAGGGGUGCUGUUUUGGCUACUGAGUUGAAGAACAAUGCCAACAAAUUGGCUAAAUGGACCGCCCAAGCUCUAUUGGCGAGUGCUGACAUGAUGAAGUUAGGGUAUGUUACACGUGUCCAUCCUCGCGAUCAUUUCAACCAUUCAAUCUUGGCCAUUGUUGGGUACAAGCCCAAGGACUUUGCAGCUCAGAUAAAUUUGAAUACUUCGAAUAUGUGGGGAAUUGUGAAGUCUCUUGUUGAUGUGUGCAUGAAAUUGAAAGAAGGGAAAUAUGUUCUGGUGAAGGAUCCAUCGAAGCCACAAGUUAGAAUAUAUGAGGUUCCUCCUGAUGCUUUUGAAAAUGAUUAUGUUGAGGAACCUUUACCGGAGGAUGAGCAGGUCCAACCUACUGGUGAGGAUUAUGGCGUUGCUGAUGAUGUUGAAGGAGGAGGAGGAGAAGAAAAAGAAGCUAUUGUGGCAGCUUCCAUUGAUGUUGAAGCUAAAGAGGAGGUGGUGGUUGUUACUGCUGAAAUCUAAAGGUCAAUGUUUUAAAGCCUCGUCUUUUCCUUUUUUUUGCCUUUUAUUUUGUGUUGGAAAUAGACAUGCCCCUGCUUUUGCCUUUCUAGUUUUCAAACCAAAUAAUACUAAAUUUUCUUUUGUGGGUUUUUGAUGAUCUGGGGCUUGUUUAAGGUUAUAUGUUUUUGAUUAAUGCUGUUAGUUCUCAUUUAGACUCAAGGAAUGAUUAUGGGAUAUUUCUAGAGAUUAAUAACAUUUUGCGGAUUUCUCUUCCUAAA